CUGUCGGUGGGCUGGAUCUGUUCUUACUUCCUCAUCCACAGGGCCGGUGACAGGAACCCCGGGCCCCGCGGAGAGCCGCUGGAGGAAGCAGAAGUUUGGCCGUCCGCUCCCAACUUCACUCGAGUCCUGCUGGGCCACGGAGACGAGGCCCGGUGGCCGUGGGAGACAAAACCAUCCAGUCAAGAUGGGGGUGAUAAGAAGGACGGCGAGUACAUCAAAUUAAAAGUGAUUGGUCAGGACAGCAGUGAAAUCCACUUUAAAGUGAAAAUGACGACGCAUCUAAAGAAGCUGAAAGAGUCCUACAGCCAGAGACAGGGCGUCCCGGCCAGCACGCUACGGUUUCUGUUUGAAGGCCAGAGAAUCGCAGACAACCAGACCCCCAAAGAGCUGGGAAUGGAGGACGAGGACGUCAUCGAGGUGUAUCAAGAACAGACCGGAGGACUUUGGAACCAUUAA